AUGGCUGCUGGCUUCAAUUUUGCAGGGACUGAGGUGGGGGGGCAUGUCAUGUUCCUCAUUCUCCAGCCAACGGCAGGCACAUCAUUGGAAGAUGCAGUUCCAGAGACACCGGAGGAGUUCUUGUAUCGCCUGAGCCGGAGCCGCUUUGGAAAAGGAGGCGUGUUGCGGGACGCCCACGGAGUGUUGGUCUUGGAGUUCCAACGUCCCGACGAUGCGCUGGACGUUCAACUGGAGCUCGCGGAGUUGGUCAUCGCCAGAGAUGAGGUGCCCAAGGAGCAGUCGGCAGAGCUGGGGCUCGAUGCUCCCAGCGGCAUGCGCAUGAGGCAGAAAGUGGAGUGGGCCCGUGCGAUGUACACGGAACGGGCCAAGGCCUUGGUUUGGGAUGUGGGCGACUUCGUCCUGCCGUUGGACCUACGUUUUACGUGGCAAGUGCCCAGCUUGCAAUUGCGUGUGAGCCCCAAGCCGGACUGGGGAUCCAUGCAACAGGUGUUGGUUCUGAGCCGUGGCGGACAGCAAUGGAUCUUGCAAGCGCACGAGGUGCAUCAUCACUUGGGCCUGGCCGGAGAAGCCAUCGUGAAACGACGCCGGCAGAAGCUGCACGAGACCAAUGCGCCGAUGGAGCCAGACGAAGCGGAAGAGGAGUCUGAUGAUGAAGAGUUUGAGCUGGAUGAUGUCUUCGAUGAGGAGAUCCAGGUUACCGCUGUUCGCACAGGCAAAAGCAGCGGCAGCCGAGGGCACUUCGCUUCACGGUCCGCGUGGCGCACGAAGUGUGGCGGUGUGGUCUUCAUCCAUGACUUCUGCUGUUAUGGAGGCACCUUGGAAUUGGUGGGUCGGCCACAAGACAUCAAGGCGGUGGAGCAGGGCGAAUUGCUGGGGCAACAAGUUCUUUGGCAUCCGCCUGAGCGAAGAAGCUCCCGCCGCCCCAGUGGCCGGCCUUCCUCGUUGGAGGAGAAGGGCGACUGCACCUGCAGCACCGUGAGCACCGUGGAGCACCCGGAGAAGCCGAUACGAGGCUGGUUUGAUGGACACAACCUCUAUUGGGAGCCCACGCAAUCUUUUCCAGGUCACGAGGGCGAGCCGGGCUCCGCCUUCGAUGAGGCGGUAGGCAUCCCAAAGGAGGGUCAACUGCCCGCAGGCCCUUGGGUGCGCAUCACCAGUGCCAUGGAGCCUGGUGGCAUCCCAGGUCCUGAUUCCGGGCUGUGGACCCUGCAGACCGCCUUCUACUCGGAGUGUUAUGGGCCUUUGCCCUUGGAGUUCUUGGAGAAGUUGGGAGAGUUUCAGGCGGGUCCCGGCGCGAGGGAGCUUUAUUUACGCACCCGGAGAGAUGCCAUGAAGGAGGACUUCGUGGAGAUGAAAGUCCCCGCGGAGGAGGAACCCGACGAUUGGGAUGAAAGCUCGAACGAUGAGGACUUCUCCUUGGAGGCCUUGGGCUUGGUGGAGGCGAUUCCACGGCAGAGCGUGGCCUUCGAGGAUGUGGUGCCCACGCUGAAGAGGAACUCUGCGCCGCGCCUACGCACCUUGGAUUCGUGA